GUACACACACACUCACAGCCGUACACACACUCUCACUCUCCCUCACAUUCCCCGUCCCUGCCUACCCCAGCUGGCUCCCUCACACUCCAUUCAGACACUCACUCACUCACACACACUCUCUCCCUCUCUCUCUCUCUCACACACACACACACACACACACAGAUCCACGCGGAGCACCGACCCAGGUGCCGCCAUGGACCAGGAUGGGAACGUGAAGAGGACAGCUAGAAACAGAGGGUGGUUACCGUAGUAACUGGAUCUCUCCUCUUCACCUCUGUGCCUGGUGAUGCUGUCUCUCCAUCCGGCUUCUCUUCUCUCGCUUCUAGAUACACUACCUCUACACUGAUAGUGGAUGACACAGACACAGGAGGGGCUGGUUUCUCAUCUUUUCACCCUAACUGAGAAGGGAACCUUAUUCUCCGACACUCUCCUUGUCAGGACGGAACCCUACACUUUUUCCCUUUCCUUAUCUUUUUCUCUGAGAUCGUUGGCUUCCACUUCCCUGGGAUUUCUACCGUUUUUUAUUCCGCCAUGGCUCACGCAGCCUCCGCAUUGAAGAAGAACCGGGACGUGGAUGUCAAUGCUAUCGAGGAUGAGAAAGAAAAGAAAAGGAGAAUUAAGAAACUUGCGUCCCGGGAACAAAAGAGAAAGUCGGACAGCAAUGCCAGUUACCUGCGAGCAGCGCGGGCUGGGAACCUUGAAAAGGCCCUGGAUUACCUGAAGUCUGGGGUGGAAAUCAACAUCUGCAACCAGAAUGGAUUGAACGCUCUUCAUCUGGCCUCUAAGGAGGGUCAUGUGGAGGUGGUGGCUGAGCUGCUGAAGCUAGAAGCCAAUGUGGACGCAGCAACCAAGAAAGGAAACACCGCUCUUCACAUAGCCUCCCUGGCCGGCCAAACGGAAGUGGUGAAAGAGCUGGUCACCAAUGGAGCCAAUGUCAAUGCACAGUCUCAGAAUGGCUUCACCCCACUGUACAUGGCUGCCCAGGAGAACCAUCUGGAGGUGGUUCGCUUCCUCCUGGAACACAACUCCAGCCAGAGUAUGGCCACUGAGGACGGGUUCACUCCUCUGGCGGUGGCCCUGCAGCAGGGGCAUGACCAGGUGGUGUCUCUGCUCCUGGAGAAUGACACCAAGGGCAAGGUGCGUCUGCCCGCCCUGCACAUCGCCGCCCGCAAGGACGACACCAAGGCUGCAGCGUUACUUCUCCAGAACGACCACAAUGCAGAUGUAGAGUCCAAGAUGAUGGUGAAUAGAACGACAGAGAGCGGCUUCACUCCUCUCCACAUCGCUGCUCACUAUGGCAACAUCAACGUGGCCACGCUUCUGCUGAACCGAGGGGCCGCUGUGGACUUCAUGGCCAGGAAUGACAUCACACCUCUCCAUGUGGCAUCUAAAAGAGGAAAUAGUAACAUGGUCAAACUGCUGUUGGACAGAGGCUCCAAAAUAGAUGGCAAAACCAAGGACGGACUGACACCUCUUCACUGUGGAGCGAGGAGUGGUCAUGAACAAGUGGUUGAGAUUCUGCUGGACCGCGGAGCACCCAUUCUGUCCAAGACAAAGAACGGGCUGUCCCCUUUGCACAUGGCCACUCAGGGCGACCACAUCAACUGUGUCCAGCUACUCCUCCAGAAUGACGUCCCUGUCGAUGAUGUCACCAAUGACUACCUGACAGCGCUACACGUGGCCGCCCACUGUGGACACUACAAAGUGGCCAAGCUCAUAGUGGACAAGAAAGCCAACCCAAACGCUAAAGCACUGAACGGCUUCACCCCGCUUCACAUCGCCUGCAAGAAGAACCGCGCCAAAGUGAUGGAGCUGCUGCUGAAACACGGCGCAUCGAUCCAGGCUGUGACCGAGUCUGGACUUACUCCUAUCCAUGUGGCAGCCUUCAUGGGACAUGAUAACAUUGUCAACUCUCUGACACAUCACGGAGCUUCACCCAACACCACCAAUGUGAGGGGUGAGACAGCGCUGCACAUGGCAGCACGGGCGGGUCAGGCAGACGUUGUGCGAUACCUGCUGCAGAAUGGAGCUAAUGUGGAGACCAAGGCCAAGGACGACCAGACGGCGCUGCACAUCUCUAGCCGGCUGGGGAAGGCUGACAUCGUCCAGCAGCUGCUGCAGAGGGGGGCUUCUGCCAAUGCUGCCACCACGUCAGGCUACACACCCCUCCACCUGGCUGCCCGAGAGGGCCACGAGGACGUAGCUGCCAUGCUGCUGGACCAGGGUGCAUCGCUCUCAGCCUCCACUAAGAAAGGGUUCAGUCCUCUUCACGUGGCAGCCAAGUAUGGGAAGAUGGAAGUGGCCAGCCUGCUUCUUCAGAAGAAAGCAGCUCCAGAUGCAGCUGGAAAGAGUGGGCUAACUCCACUGCAUGUAGCUGCUCACUACGAUAAUCAGAGAGUGGCUCUACUGCUUCUGGAUCAGGGAGCAUCUCCCCACGCCUCCGCCAAGAAUGGCUACACACCCCUCCACAUAGCUGCCAAGAAGAACCAGAUGGACAUAGGGACCACGCUACUGGAGUACGGGGCGGACACCAACGCUGUGACCCGCCAGGGCAUCAGUCCUGUUCACUUGGCUGCACAGGAGGGCAGUGUGGACCUGGUCUCUCUGCUCCUCACCAAGAACGCCAAUGUCAACAUGGGCAACAAGAGCGGCCUCACACCACUCCACUUAGCAGCGCAGGAGGACAAAGUCAACGUGGCAGAAGUCCUGCUCAACCAGGGGGCGGACAUCGACCCCGAGACAAAGAUGGGAUACACUCCGCUGCAUGUGGCUUGUCACUAUGGCAACGUCAAGAUGGCAAACUUCCUCAUACAGAACCAGGCCAGAGUUGAUGGCAAAACAAAGAACGGCUACACGCCCCUCCACCAGGCGGCGCAGCAGGGUCACACCCACAUCAUCAACCUGCUGCUGCAGCAUGGAGCCUCGGCCAAUCAGCUGACCGUGAACGGGAACACAGCCUUGUCCAUUGCCCGUCGCCUUGGUUACAUCUCAGUGGUGGACACUCUCAUGCCGCUGACUGAUGAGAAUCUGACCUCUGUGACUACAACAGAAAAACACAAAAUGAACGUCCCCGAGACCAUGAACGAGUUUCUGGACAUGUCUGAAGAUGAAGUUAAGGCUAAUGUGCCGGAAAUUCUCAAUGAGGACUGUAUUUCAGAUGUUGACGAAGGUGAGGAUGCAAUGACCGGAGACACUGACAAAUAUCUGCGGCCCCAGGACCUCAAGGAGCUGGGGGACGACUCUCUUCCGCAGGAGGGCUACAUGGGGUUCAGCAUAGGAGUCCGCUCAGCGAGCCCUAGGAUCAGCCUCCGCUCCUUCAGUUCGGAUAGGUCCAACACCCUCAACCGCAGCUCCUACGCACGGGACAGCAUGACGAUAGAGGAGAUCCUCGCCCCGACCAAGGACACACUUCAGAGUGUGUGUAAAGACCUUUCCUACUUGGUUGACCCUCUCAAUAAGCACCUGGCUGUAACCCGAGACUACGAUGCAGAGUGUCUGAGGCGUUACAGCUGGACCCCAGACACCAUGGACCACAGCAACACUGUGUCCAGCCCCAUUCACUCAGGAUUCCUGGUUAGCUUCAUGGUGGAUGCUCGUGGGGGGUCCAUGAGAGGAAGCCGAAGCAACGGCAUGCGUAUCAUCAUCCCGCCCCGGAAGUGCACGGCUCCCACCCGCAUCACCUGCCGCCUGGCCAAGAGGCACAAGCUGGCCUACCCCCCGCCCAUGGUGGAGGGAGAGGGCCUGGUCAGCCGGCUGGUUGAGGUCGGCCCUGCAGGAGCCCAGUUUCUGGGCCCUGUGAUCGUGGAGAUCCCCCAUUUUGGUUCUAUGAGGGGGAAGGAGAGGGAGCUGAUCGUACUCAGGAGCGACAACGGUGACACAUGGAAGGAACACCAGUACGACUGCCAUCCAAGUGACAUCACAGACAUUCUGAACGGGAUGGACGAAGAACUGGACAGCAAUGCUGAGCUGGAGAAGAAGCGGAUUUGUCGGAUCAUCACCAGGGACUUCCCCCAGUACUUUGCGGUGGUGUCCAGGAUCAAGCAGGAGAGUAACCACAUGGGUCCAGAGGGCGGGACGCUGACCAGCCAGACAGUGCCCAUGGUCCAGGCCUCCUUCCCACAGGGGGCGCUCACCAAGAAGAUACGCGUUGGCCUGCAGGCUCAGCCCGUCCCAGACGACAUGGUGAGGAAUCUUCUCGGCAACAGGGCCACCUUCAGCCCUAUAGUUACCGUGGAGCCCAGGAGGAGGAAGUUCCACAAGCCAAUCACCAUGACGAUCCCUGUCCCGCCCCGAUCUGCAGAGGGCCACCCCAGUGGACACAGGGGGGACUCCACCCCCUGCCUGCGCCUCCUCUGCAGCAUCACAGGUGGAACAUCUCCUGCCCAGUGGGAGGACAUCACAGGGACCACUCCCCUGUCCUUUGUCACAGACUGUGUUUCCUUCACAACAAACGUGUCGGCCAGGUUCUGGCUUACAGACUGUCACCAGACUCCUGAGACGGUCAGUCUGGCCUCUCAGCUAUACCGGGAGCUGAUCUGUGUGCCAUACCUGGCCAAGUUUGUGGUGUUUGCCAAGAUGAACGAUCCUGUGGAGUCACGCCUCCGCUGCUUCUGCAUGACGGACGACAAAGUGGACAAGACUCUGGAACAACAGGAGAACUUUGAAGAGGUGGCCAGGAGCAAGGACAUUGAGGUCUUGGAGGGCAAGCCUAUCCAUGUGGAUUGCUAUGGCAACUUAUCUCCUCUUAGCAAGAGUGGGCAGCAGCUGAUCUUUAACUUCUUCUCUUUCAAAGAGAACCGGCUUCCUUUCAAUGUGAAGGUCAGAGACAUGGGCCAAGAACCAUGCGGUCGACUCUCAUUCUUGAAAGAGACAAAAACCACUAAAGGUCUUCCACAGACUGCUAUAUGUAAUUUGAAUAUCACACUGCCAACUCAUAAGAAGGACAUGAUGGAGUCUGAUCCCGAUGAUGAGACUGAAAAACCAGACCGACGUCAUACCUUUGCCUCCUUAGCUUUGCGUAAGCGCUACAGCUAUCUGACCGACCCUGCAGCGAAAACAACUGAUCGGAGCUCGCCGAGAACACAGCCUACUGGCUACACUCACAAACCUGUCUUUUCAACGAGAUCUUAUCAGGCGUGGUCGGCUGUUCCUGUCUCCGUCCCUGGCCAAGCCAAGUCUGGAUUUGUUUCCCACUCCAGUUCAUCGUCCAACACGCCCACUGCCUCUCCACUGAAGUCCGUGUGGUCCAUCACCUCGGCGUCCCCCAUCAAGUCCAACAUAGGCGGCUCACCGGCCCAUUCCAUCAAGUCAGUCAGCGACGUAGCUUCCCCCAUCAGGUCGUACAGGACCAUUUCAUCGCCAAUAAAGACUGUAGUUCAGCAGUCCCAGUACCCAGUUCAGGUUACCCCCAGUCUCCAGUCAUCGCCAGUCAGAAGCGUUCCAGACCAUGUUUCCAUCAAGGGACUGGCAGCAUUGUCUACUAGAACCUCUCCUAUCACCACUGGUGGAGGGUGUCUGCUAGAAAGGUCAUCAAUCGCCAUGACGCCACCUGCUUCCCCUAAAUCCUCACUGAACAUGUACAGUUCAACUCUUCCAUUCAAGGGUGUCAUUGUGGGCACUGGCACCACAACAUCGUCCUCUCCUAUAAAAACUGUUCCUGGCCUCUCCUCUGUCCGGUCCAGUGCAGACCCCUCAAGCCCCUCAAGGAGUCUCUUUUCCUCCCUCUCAUCACCAAUUAAAUCCAACACUCCUCCUAGUGCUGCAGCUCUGAUCAAUGGAACAGUUUCCCCUACAAAGUACCGCUCCUCCUCCCCCACGUCCCUACUCUCCAGCAGCUUACAGGGGAGGAUACAGGCAACCACCAAUGCAGCAACAACAAGCGUAAAUGCAGCCUUUGAUGAGGUUGAAAAAACGUUCAAUUCCUGCUCUGCCUCUGGAUAUGGCACUCUCAAGUCCAUGUCCUCCUCAGCGUCAUCCUCUUACCAGUCCAUAAGAUCCUCAGCCUCUAGUUCCCUAUAUGCCUCUUUAAGGUCCCCACCAAACCCACCAAACACAAUGACUGUCCCAGUGUAUUCAAUUCUAAAUGUUUUGCCAGAACCCCAAUUUAAAAAGCUCCCUGAGGUGUCAAAGUCAGCUGCUGCCCUCUUGUCCCCUCGAAAAACUAUGCCUGCUGAGACAAACUCUCAAGCCCAGUCUUCCUUUGCCAGAACUCUGUCACCUGUCAAAUCCCCCUUAUUCAUGUCCCCGGCUGCCCUAAAAUCCACCACCUCAUCCCCGCUGUCCUCCAGCCAAGAGAUACUGAAGGACGUGGCAGAAAUGAAAGAGGACUUGAUACGGAUGUCUAACAUCUUGCAAACAGAACCAAGUUCAGCCUCCAAAGGUUUCCAGUCUGACUUCCCCAAAGAGGCUAGAAUGGAGGACGAGGAGCCUUACAGAAUUGUAGAGAAAGUGAAACAGGACCUGGUCAAAGUUAGUGAGAUACUAACCAAGGAUACGGUCAAGGAUAACAAGACAGCUUUUAAAACAAAUACAACACAUGAGGCACAGUUCUCUAAACAAGUGCCAGUGGAUCCCCAGCAAAGCAACUGGAGUUAUCCACCAAGAUAUGAGACAGUGGUCCCUCAAAUCAAAACUAAGACUAUACCAGACAGAGAUUUCAAUCUAUCGAAGGUAGUAGACUACUUGACAAAUGACAUUGGCAGUAGCUCUAUCUCAAAAAUUGCAGAUGUAAAGCAUAGAUCUGAUGAGGUUAGAAGAGAAGGGGAGGAGAAACAGAAACGUAUGCUUAAACCUGAGCACAAGCUGAAAAUGCCACCCGCAAACAUGCGGUCCUCUGCCUCAGAAAAGGAGCUCUGUAAACUAGCAGAUGUGCUAUUUGGGCCUGACGCCAUGUUAGAAUCUCCAGAUGACAUCUCACAUGACCAGGACAAGAGUCCCCUCUCAGACAGUGGCUUUGAGACAAGGAGUGAAAGGACGCCAUCUGCCCCACAGAGUGCAGAAGGCAUGGGACCCAAGACGCUUUUCCAGGAUAUUCCACCAGUAAUCACGGAGACAAGGACUGAGGUUGUUCGUGUUAUUAGGAGUUAUGAGUCUCCUGAAGAUAACAAGCAACCAAUGAUGGAGGAUACAAGGGCAGUUCGAUACACUGAUGCAGAACCCAAAGGUCUGAAUGCAUCCAAUGUGGACCAAACMAAAUCAUUUCAGAUGAAAAUCAGCCCGGACGAUGACUCAAUGGGCAAGAGCAUGCGUGUGAAGGAAGAGACCCACAUCACGACUACCACACGAAUGGUGUACCACAAACCCCAGAGUAAAGAGAAUACAUCAGAGAGGAUUGAAGAAUCAAUGUCAGUGCAUGAUAUCAUGAAAGCUUUCCAGUCKGGCAGGGAUCCCUCCAGAGAACUUGCUGGACUGUUUGAGCACAGGGCCGGCAAUGAUGACACAUCGCAGAGGGAUAUAAACUCAAAGCCCAAAGUUGAAAGAAUAAUCGAGGUUCAUAUUGAAAAGGGCAACAAAACUGAACCAACUGAGGUCAUCAUCCGGGAAACAAAAAAUGACCCAGAGAAGGAGAUGUACUUCUACCAAGGGAACAGUGGACUGUCACGACAGGGAGAGGAGGAGCCUGAAGAAUCGCUCCCCUGUUACCUAGAGUCUUCCAGAGUAAACACGCCCAUGUCACAGGAAGACGACAGUCGUCCAAGCUCUGCACAGCUCAUGGCAGAUGACUCGUACAAAGCCCUGAAGCUUCUCAGCCAGCAGUCAGUGGAAUAUAAUGAUGAUGAAUCAUCAGAACUCAGAGGAGAGUCUUACAACUUUGCAGACAAAAUGCUUCUCUCUGAGAAACCAGACUCGUCUCACUCUGACACUGAGGAGUAUUUAAGGGACAGGUCUCGUUUUCAAUCCCCAGAUAGGAGUCGUUAUCGUCAGGGAAGGUCUAGUGGAUCAAGGCAAGAAUAUAUUUUGAGGUCAUCAAACAUUGACAAAUCAGGUCAAAUUGCCAAUGUAGAUGAUAACUUUGACAAACUAACAUUAUUGCAGUAUUCCUCAGAACCUGGUAGCCCAAAGCACUCUGUUUGGAUGCGUGUCACUGAUGACAGACAGAACCAGAAUAGAGAAAAGCUAAUAUAUGAAGACAGAGUAGACAGAACUGUUAAGGAAGCAGAGGAAAAGCUUAGRGAAGUCUCUCAGUUUUUUCGUGAUAAGACAGAGAAACUGAACGAUGAGCUCUCAUCCCCUGAGAAGAAGUCCCGCAGGUCAGACUUUAGGGAAACACGAUCUGGGCCUAGCUCUACGCACAGCAGUCCUGAAAGAUCAACCUAUAAGAAUGGGAGCAGUGGUGAGGAAUGUAGAGAACGUUUCAGGGACAGGUUUGGCUCCAAUGAUAGAAAAUGUGCUAGUUUACCGAGCAGCCCAGAGAGGAGAGUUUUACUACAGUAUAAUGAUGACAAUAGAAAACCAGGUGAUGGCACUUCACAGGGUAAUGCAGGUGACGCCUCUAAACCAUUUGAAAUGUCAUCCUCCAAAGUCAGCGCUGUUAGGCWAAAAUUUGAACAAGAGGCUCAGAAGCAAGAAAAGGGUCCACAAUGGGGACAAACAUCAAAUGCCCCAGUAAGAAAACUCCAGGAAAGUACGCUGCCUGUGUAUCAAGUCUUUGCUGGCUCAGAUAUCCCCAAAUCACCAGACAGUCCAGGAUGUACAAGGAAGGUUCUAGAAAGUGAGGUAAGAGGAUCUAGUGGACCAAGCCCCAGUGCUAAUAGGUAUAUUUACUCAUCUCCUAAACACGGCACAAACGGAAAUGAACAGGAAGAAAAAAAGUCCUUCAAAACUUGGGAAUGUCAUGGAAAUGGAAACUAUAAACCCCAAGUGUCAAAACUAGCUCACACGUUAGUUCAAGAUGCGCAUGGCAAUGACAGAAAUUCACAAAGAGAACUGCAGGGCUUUAGAGAUGGAAUAACCAGUAAAGAAGAGACAACCAAGAAAACUAUUUACACAGAGUUUGUGGUUCGAGAAAACCCAAAUAGUAGUGAUGUACGUACCGGUAGUCUAAAAAAAAACUCGGAAUCGCAAAUUCCUGUUAGAAUGCCGUGUAGUUUCUCAGAGAAUCAUCAAUCCACAUCAUUAAAGUUAGAUACCUCUGUUAAACUGUGUGAAAGGGCAGGAUCACAAAUACCUACUUUAGCUAGAAAUCGGUUACAUGGCAGCUCUGAAGCCAACAAAUCUACAAACGACUCAUCAGUAGAAAAAUCCUCAGAUUCUUAUGAUAGUAGUCAGUCAACUGUAGUAUGUAAUGGUAUAGAUAGCGACCAAGUAGAAUACUUGGAAAACAUAACCCCUGUAGUUGUCACUGAGGGUUUCAAAGACAUCAAACCAUUGCCAGUUUAUGUAAGCAUCCAAGUGGGCAAGCAAUAUGAAAAAGAAACAUCUGGGCUGCUGGGAACGUACCAAAAAAUAGUGAGUCACGAGAGCCGAACAGUGCACGAGACACGGGGAGCAUUUUAUACUGUCAAACAAAAACAGCCCCCAUCUCCUCAAGGCAGCCCAGAGGAUGACACUCUAGAGCAAGUAACUUUCAUGGACAGCUCUGGCAAGAGUCCUGUUACUCCUGAGACACCAAGCUCUGAGGAGGUGAGCCUUGCCUCCAGAAAGACAGAUUCCGUGAUUGGAUAUAUGCCCGGCAUGCCCAGUCCAAUAGCAGAGGAGUCUGAGGAAGACGAAGGAAAGACCUUCAUCUACAGGGAGUCUCUGCCAGAGAAAACCAAGCCUGCCUCAUCAGAACCCUCCAACAGAAACCAGGAAACAUUGAAACGACCCAAAGAGAAACGAGUCGCUUACAUUGAGUUUCCCCCACCUCCGCCUUUAGAGGCAGAGCAUUCUGACCCUGAMAAGAGGGGGUCUUGUGCCUCCUCAGAGGCUGAGACAGAGAUGAUGGAGGUGAACCUCCAAGAGGAGCAUGAUCAGCACCUCCUUGCAGAGCCCAUCAUCAGGGUUCAGCCUCCGUCUCCAGUUCCCCCUGGAGCAGAUGACAGCAACUCUAGUGAUGAUGAGUCUAUCUUCCAUCCCAUCCCCAACAAAAAGUACACCUUCAAGAUGAAGGAGAAGGAGGAAGGAGAGAAGCGUCUGAAACCCAAAAAGCCUGAGAGGAACGGAAACAACAAGGAGCCAGGUACUAAUGGCGUUGUAAAAGCAGAGGAGGAAGACUUGGAGCAAAAUGACCAGUCAAUCACAGACUGCUCCAUAGCCACAACUGAGUUCUCUCAUGACACAGAUGCUACUGAAAUAGACUCUCUCGAUGGCUAUGACCUUCAAGAUGAGGAUGAUGGGUUGAGUGAACAAGACCCUAAGACAUCCAGCCUGUCCAAUGACGGCAAGACAUGUGAUCGUUCCUUUAGUCAAUCAAAGCUUGAAGUCAUAGAGGAGGAGAAAACACCAAGUGAGGAUGGAGGGGAUAAUGGGAAAGCAAACUCAGACGAAAACACCGGAGAUGAAAAAGACUACACUCUUGAGGGAAGACAUCCAGAUAGACAGGGCGAUAGACAAGACUUUGCAGAUAACUAUUUUCGUUGUCAACUCGAAGAGGAGUUAAACUCUACCUUCAAAACAGUCGCCACGAAAGGCUUAGACUUUGACCCCUGGUCAAGCAAAGGGGAAGAAGGAGAAGGGGUGUUUGAUGCCAAAGCGAGAGAAGAAGAUCCCAAGCCUUUCGGUUUGUCUGUGGAGGACAAAUCGCAAGCCACCACUCCAGACACUACCCCUGCUAGAACCCCGACUGACGAYAGCACACCGACUAGCGAGCCUAACCCUUUCCCCUUCCAUGAGGGGAAGAUGUUUGAGAUGACGCGCAGUGGUGCAAUUGACAUGAGCAAGCGGGACUUUGUUGAAGAGAGACUUCAAUUUUUCCAGAUUGGUCCUCAGAGUCCCUGUGAGCGAACAGACCUGCGGAUGGCCAUUGUGGCCGACCACCUGGGACUUAGCUGGACUGAGCUGGCUCGGGAAAUGAACUUUUCUGUCGACGAGAUCAACCACAUCCGAGUGGAGCACCCCAACUCCUUGACGGCGCAGAGCUUCAUGCUGCUAAAGAAAUGGGUCAGCCGGGACGGUAAAAACGCAACGACGGAUGCCUUAACUGCAGUGCUGACCAAAGUCAAUCGGAUGGAUAUUGUGACUUUACUGGAGGGGCCGAUAUUUGACUAUGGUAACAUUUCAGGCACGAGAAGUUUUGCCGAUGAUAACGCUGUUUACCUGGAUCAGGCUGAUGAUUAUCACUGCAUCCUAGCGGAGCUGCAGUCCCCAGCCCAACUGCACUCUGACCCUUCCUUCACAGAGCUCUACUCUGAACCCCCUACCCUCACCAUUGACCCCGAAGCUACCCCUGUCCAGCUCAACCCAGACCCUCCUAUCUUCAUCCCCACCAAGUCUGAGUCCUGGGCCGACCACAUGGAGCCUAGUGUGCAGCCUGACUCCUCCACUAGGAGCCCUUCUAGACCCUAUGAGCUGUCCCUGUACAUUCCCACCCUUGACUUAGAUCCCACCGCUGCCACCAACACAGGAAUGGCUAAAGUUGACCAGGUGCUGAUAGUGGAAGAAGAGAAAAAGGAAGUGGACAUAAUCCUCCAACAGAUGUCAUUCGCUUCCCCUGAACAGUGUGAAGUAGAAAAAGAGGUCAAAGAGCAAGUCUCCUUCUUAUCAUCUUUGUCCUCCCCAUCAUCACCUUGGCAAGCACAGCAGGACAGCAGACAGGCAGGGUCUGAGGAGGUCGUGAAGGGAGAUGGUGAGGAAGUGGUGGAGGCAGGUGAGAUGGCGGAAGAAGGGGAUAAAGUGGUAGAAGAGGGGGGAAAGGAAAGAGAGAAUGGGGCUGAGGUGGCGGAAGAGGGGGCUACGGUGUUGAAAGAGGGGGAUAAUAAGAUGGUGUUGGAGGGGGGUAAGGAGCUAGAGAAUGGGGCUGAGGCGUUGGGGGAGCAGGGAGUGUCUGGUUCCACUGAGGAAAAGGAUGGAGAUGAAAAUGAGAUGACAGAAGACAAGUUGAAGUCGCUGUUGGAGGAUAUUCAUUUGGAGGAAGGCUCAGAGGAAGAGGAGGGUGAGGAGAUGACGGAGGCCAAGGUUCAGGAGAUUCUCAGUCAGGUGAAGCAGGCAGAAAAAGACAUGUGUUCACUUCCAGGUUGGCACAGUGAGACAUUCAGCGUCAACGUGGAGCCGCCCACACCCGGCCGCAGUGUGAGCUCAGACCUGCUAGACCGCCAGGAAAAUAGCCAGGAGAACUCCAGUGACUCCGUCACCUCUUCCUCUAGAGGGGAGCCAGGGAGGUCCAGGCACAAUGGCGAUCACACGGAGCUACCACCUCAUGACGGGUCACUUCCUGUAUCGCAGGACUCAGCCAACAGAAGAGCUGGACAUGGGACGGAAGAAGGCGUACUUGUGUCUGAGAAGAAAGUCCAGCGUUUUAGUGAGUCUGGCACUGAUGAGGAACAAACCGUCACCACCAGGGUGUUUCGGCGCCGGGUCAUUCUUAAGGGAGAACAGGCAAAGAAUAUUCCGGGUGAAUCAGUGACAGAAGAACAGUUUACCGAUGAAGACGGUAACAUCAUCACUAGAAAAGUCAUCAGAAAAGUUAUCAGGCGGGUGUCCAUGCCUGACGACCAGGGCGGGGACAGGGGGAGGUGGGACCGAGGAGACCUCUGGCCUUGCCCUUUCUCACUGGAGGAGGAGCUAGAGCAAGGAGAUGGAGCUAAAAGCAGGAGGAAGGAGGAGAMGUUGGGAGAAAAGAAGCUUCACUCGUAGGGCUAGCUGUGCUCCACCAGGUGUGCAGGAAUUAUUCUCAUCGGUUUCCACGGCAGAAAGUUACAAACAACUAGAAAACUAAAGGAAAAUAGGAAAUUUCAGCCAAUACUUCCAACGUGUGGUUUUCAAGCGUGAAGAACUUGACCCGUCUGAUUUUAGCAUGAGCAUGAAAAACUCACUCCCUGUCAAUUGAGGGAUCUGGAAGGUUCUCACCAUGGAAUCUGAAUUCUAAUUGUACAGCUCUCACUUCCUGUGGUCUAUGGACCAGAAGAAUUAUGCUUCCUGUUUGUGACUCGUAACGUGCCAUUGGUGUCAUGAGAGCUUUUGAGGAGCAUUGUGGUGACACAGAAAAAGGACUCCAUUACAGAAAAACUACAAGUGGUCGUGAGUAAAACCAUUGGUGUCGUGAGAGCUUUUGAGGAUCAUUGUGGUGAGACCGAAAAAGGACUCCAUUACAGAAAAACCACAGGUGCAACUGAACAUACACUUCCCUGUGACCAAAGAUGGCACAAAAGCUCAGUUCUAGUAGUAGGAGAAAGAAACUCAACAAAAUGACACAAAAACAAGAGGAUCACUUCUGAUCCACCUCCAACACUCGCCUUAUAUUUUUUUCUUGGYCCCAUAAAUGUCAGGUUGUAAAUUGCUGGGGGUUUUGUUUUCCUUUUUAAACCUGAAAAUAACAAUACUUUUUUCUGUAUAGAAAUUACAAUCUGUACAAUUCUAAAAUUAUGAGUUACAAGAUGAUAAUGCAGAGGAGAGAACUUUACAAGUGCUUUCAACAUGAUUAUCAAAAUGGUUCCACUUUUUUGGAAGAUUUGAGUGAACUUCACAUGUUGUUGUAUAAUUAAUUAUUAUAGCAGGUAUAACAUUUGUAUAGGAAAAAAGCUGGUUUGAUUUUAACAGAGGAAAUUUCCAGAAAAUCUUCUGCAAAUUUCAGUGAUUCCCAAAAUGGGGAUGUAUCUAAUUCUGCAAAAGCAGUCUUUCAGAGUACUCAUAUUUUCAUGCAUGCCUUUCACAUUAUUUUAAGUAAAAUUUGUACAAGUUUGCAAACACUGUAUUAAAAUUAGAAUUAAAACCCGUUAUCUGUGUACAAAUAUAGCCCUAACAUUUGUCACCAGUUUUAUAUUUGAAAUGAGAAAAAAAUAAAAACCAUAAAAGUGUUUUUUUUGUCUCGGACGAGGAACAGUAUGAAGAAAGUUUGUUCUACAGCUUCUUGAGGAUUACUGUUUGUCUAUGUACAACUGAAGGGCGGUUUCUGCAGGGUUUAUCAUAAAUGCUACGAGAAAGGAGUAAUCUGAAUGUAUAUGCUAGAAGACUGGCUCGCUGUAAAAUUAUAAAUGUAUUGUGUGUAUUGGCUAUAAGYUGUAGAGGUCGCUGUACGCUGUAAGACUGUUAGUAAUCAUUUUAGCAGUGUGUCAAUUGGUUUUAUAAAGGCUGCUGUGGUUUUAAAGAAGAGGGUUUGGGGUUUUUGUGAAGUAUUUCCUUAAGUUUAAUCUACUCACAUAGAGACACACAAGACAUUCUUUGAUUGUAACUCUUAAUAGCAUAUGUAUGACAAAAACACUGGAUGGUCAAAACYAUUAUUUAAGCAUAAAAUAAAUUGUGUUAAACUCUGAAAUUGUGUGAUCUUUUUAGGCUUGAGAAUCUAUGCAGUGUCUAACUAGCAUUGUUUCGAUAGCUCAUUGGCGAUUACUUUGCAUUAGAUCUUCUCUUUGUAUUGGUUAGACUAGAGGCCCAUGUAGUUCAAGUGUGGUGUUAUUCUGGUGUGAAGGCUCAGACUUAGUGUGAUGAUGUUUAUGCUGUGGACAUGACAACCAUGUAUAGGACUUCAUUUCUUUUGACAAGUGAAGCAAUUUAGGGUAUUGUAUCAUAUAUCCUAUCUUACAUGUCAAUCAGGGGGUAGAGGGUAAUUUGAUAUGGUUGAACUAUCAAUUUUGUCAAUUUUGUUUCAUAUGUGUUUUCAACUGAGCAAAUUUUUCGAUGUACAAUUCUUACUAACAGAGUGAAGCCAUUGAAAUGUAACUAUUCUAGCACUUUGGUUAUUCAAAGUCUUCUUUUAGAGGCUAUAGAAGCAAUGACGCCACCACAAUGUUUCAAGCGUCUUAAAAAUUUUAAUUUAAAAACAAAAUAAAUAAAAAAGCAUUGGUUUUGAAAUA